AUGGUGCCGGCGCCGUGGGCAUGGAGUGGUAAGCAGCAGCAGGAGUCCAAGCAAGAUUGGAUGUGCAAGUUUUGCACGUUUCGUCGUAUUGGGGCUCCUCUCCUUAACUACGGGACCAACGAGAAGUGCUACAAAUUCAAGCUGCACAAGGGUGUGGCAUUCAAGUGCGUCGUUCCCUCGGACCUCCCCAGCAGGAGCAAGCGCAAGGCCGACGGCACCAAUGAUGCAACUACUGCCUCAUUUGCCACGUUGGAGAAGCGUCUGCAGCAGCUGGAGUCGCAAGAGCUACGUGAUGAGAUCGACGGCCUCGGCAAGCAUGUGCAGUGGCUGGAGUCGGUCCGCUCCCCUUGGGCGGAGUUGCCGCUCAAGGCUGUUCGCGAGCAGCUGGAGGGAGCUCGUCGCAAGCUGUACGAGAACAAGCCCUUGCCCGCGAAGCUCACGGCCUUGUCGCGCCGAGCUGAGCAGGCUCGCAUCCGCUACCAGAAGGCGGAGCAGGACAAGGCGGCAGCGGACCAGAAGCUGCUCAAGGCGCAGGAGGGGGCCAAAGCAGCUGCUGUGGUGGUCUCGGAGCGCCAGAAGGUCUGCUUGCAGCUGGAGGAGGAGGUGCGCGCUCUCGCUUCUUCGCAGCCAGCAGAAGAGCCAGGGCAGCAUCAGUCUAUGGAUCGCACGGGCCCAGAGAUCAAGUUGGAUGAGGCCAAGUUGCUUUCAGCGCUUGGUGCAAUGGAGGGCGUCGCGGACGCCAGCAAGCUGGCGCCGAAGCUGGCUGAGGUGCUCAAAUCCUGCGCGGCCGAGCUGCUGGAGGAGCCGCCCGACAAGCGAGCCCUCGUGGCAGCGAGCGGUGGUCAACCAGCGGAGCCGCCCCCAGCAGCAUGGAACAUCGACACGGUCGAGGUUGAGCAGCUGCGCAAGGUGGCUGGUGACAAGCAGCCGAUCCAAUCGUUCGGGGCUAGCACGGAGUUCACGGUGGUUUGCUACAACAGCAAUUCCUGGGCCACGGCUCAGAGUUUCAUGGAGUGGUGCGUGCUGGACCAGUUGCUGCAGGCGGACAGUUUCGUGCUGCAGGAGCUGCGCCUCACAGCUGGCGAGCAGAUCCGACGCGGCGUCACCGCGUGCGAUCACUGGCAGUUCGGCUUUGUCGACGUCUAG